GAAUCGGAUUGGUUCUCGAUCGUAGUUUUAGAAUUUACACGAGAGUAAUUCUCCAUGGAUCGUAUUUAAUAAUAAGAGAAAAAAUGAAAUAGCGCAGUAUGGGGAAGAUUAAUAAAAGUUAAAUUGAAAGGGAGACCGACCGGACAUAUGGCGUCCCAUUUGUAAGAGGAAAACGAAAAGAAAUUGAACUCGAUCGACCACCCGUCGAAAAUACCUGUACGAGAUCUUAAAAGUACCGCGUGUGUCCUCCAUUGUGUAUAUAUAGGGGUGCCACAAGAAACACCACUGUGUAGUUCUCCAGCGAACGUUCUUAGAUUCAUUCUCCGAUUAAUAGGAAAGAAUAAAAUGAUUAAGUUUCUUCUCCUGGGUGCAUUCGUGGCCUUGACGAGCGCACAAUUUCAGCCCCAACCAACUGGAAGGAUUUUAGAACCACCAAUACCGGCAUUGUGCGCCCAACGAACAAUUCAUGAACGCUUUAACGGAAAGGGUUAUUACUAUUCGUGGGCUGAUCCUAGAACAAAUGGACAAGAAGUUGAUUGGCUAGCUGGUAGAAAUUUUUGUAGACAACGAUGCAUGGACCUCGUAUCUUUGGAAACCUCUGCUGAGAACGAAUUUAUCAAGAGUCGCAUCGUUCAAAACAAAGUUAAAUAUAUUUGGACGUCCGGUCGUCUCUGCGAUUUUAAAGGAUGCGACAGACCUGAUCUUCAACCACUUCAUAUAAAUGGUUGGUUCUGGACAGCCGAGUUGCAAAAACUUGCACCAACUAACGAUCGCAAUCAAAACGAUUGGUCUGAGAGUGGCGGUAUUGGCAAGCCUCAACCUGAUAAUCGUGAGGCCAUCCAAGGUGGUGCUCCAGAAAAUUGUUUAGCAGUUCUUAAUCAAUUUUACAACGAUGGUGUUAACUGGCACGACGUUGCUUGUCAUCAUAAAAAACCAUGGGUGUGCGAAGAGAAUGAUUCUCUCUUAAAAUACGUUCGUUUUACUAAUCCAAACCUCCGCGUUUAAUUCGAUAACUUAUAUGACAAUCUGACGAGUGGAUAGACCAUUAUCAUUUCAACUAUUGUUAUUCCAUUAAAUUAUGAAGUUUUUUAAGAUUAAGUAAUGCGACUGAAUAGUGUAUAGAGCGAUUAUAUUUAUUACAACAACAACUUCAUUAUUAAAUGCAUUACUCAUGUCACAGUAUGUUGUACGAGAUGUACCGAUUCAAAUAGAUUGUUUUUUCUUUUCAUACAACAUCAGAAUACGUAAAACUUAAUCGUAUUAAAGCUCAUAUCAUAGUACAUAAGUAUUGUCAAUAUUUAUCCUUUACACACGAUUAUUAGUUUUAUACCCAGGAAGAUUCACAAUAAGUCUUUAAGGCACAAAUCAUGAAAUAUAUAAAAGAGAUUAAAUUU